CCUGCAUGAAGAUGAAGCUCCUCACUCUGCUCCUGCUGCUGGGUUUCACCUCACCGACCGGGUCAGAGGUUGUGCAGUCUUUCAGAAGUAAGUGCCCUCAGUUCUUCAUUGGACACCUGCCAUCAGCAAAACAUGAAGUCACCACUCCAACUGUUCUCAAGGGAAAGAAGUAUAAGCAGAUUUGUCAGCGCUGGGAAGGCCAGUACAGAUACGCCACUCUCUACGACACAAAGAGCAGGAUCCCUGUCUACUCUGCCUACACGUUCUACCUUAAGGAUCAUGUUAAACGAAACAAUGACUGGAAGGUCGAACCUCAGCUGGAUCUGCCAUUGAAACCAGAGAAUAGUAACAUGAUAUCAGAAUCAGAUAUGAAUGCCAGUGUGACGUCCAAGUUUAAAAAUCAGGCUUUGGUAAAGGACUAUCGUCAAGACAAUUCUGGAAAUAUCACUAAAGGCCAUUUGUUUCCAAGGAGUUACGCUGCUGAUCAGGACCAGGCAGAUUCAACCUUUACGCUCACCAACAUAGCACCACAAACAGAAAAGAGCAAUGGACUAUGGAGAACAGAAGUGGAGACACCAAUGGGCAACAAGAUACAGCAAUACUGCAAGCCAAAUGAAACGAACCCAGCUUACAUCGUGACUGGAGUGGUCCCAGGAGAGACCUGGCUGCCAAUAAAGAGGGAGAACAGAGCCAUUGAUCAGGGAGUUAACAUUCCCAGUCAUUUCUGGACUGCUUUCACUUGCACUGACAAAAACAGAAAGAUUUCUCAAGCCUACAUUGCUCAACAAAUAUACCGCAAGGAUAAUCGUCAGACCAGAUUUCAAAAACAGAGAAUGACUGUUGAUGAGCUGGAAAAGAAGCUCACUGAGCUGUAUAAACAGCCAUUCAGUGUGUUCAGGAAUACAAAGAUCUAAAUCUCAAAGUCUUAAUUCUUAAUGUUUGUUCCUUCUAGUGUGUGUGUCAGAGAUGGACAUUUUAAUCAGUAAAGAUGAUUUUGGCUUAAUUUGCUUUCAUAUGUCAUUAUGCAGUGUAACUGACUAACAUCACAGUCAGGAUGUUCAGAGAAGUGAAGAUGUGAGAUAUUAAUGUUAAUGAAGAAAACUCUUCACUGUGAGUCCAUAUAGAGAGAAGUGUUUAGAGAACAUGUUUCUGUA